AUGGGAGGAUUGAACACUGGUUAUCUCAGUACCAAUAGAGGGAUUAUUAAAGUUCUUCAGAUAAUUUGUGGUUUCAUAACUUGCGGACUUCUCUGUGCAAAUAUUUGGGGAGGACGUUCCUGCUUUUAUGAUGGUUGUAUAAUAAAAAUUAUUUUAAAAACAAAAUAUUUUUCUUUAGGACGUGUUGGAUUUGCCAGUUCUCUUAAUUUUGUCAUAGUUGUCAUUAACGUUGUCCUUUUCUUUUUGAAUCUUUUAAAUGCCACAAUUUAUCGAAUGGAACGUCUUUAUUCGGUUAUUGGGGUUAUUCUGUUUAUUAUAGCUUUUGGAAUAAUGAUUUGGUAUUUAAUUGAAUAUGAAAUUGGCCGUAAUCAACUUAUUGGUGCCACGGUUCGAAAAUAUUUUUAUAAAAAAAUUUGUUUAAAAAUCAAAAAUAAAUGUUGAAAAAAUUAUUUUUUGAAGGGUUUAAAGCAAUUCAAAAAAAUUUUGUGAAUUGAUAAUCAUUUUAGUUCUUUUCAUUCAAACAUGUUAGUAUAACUGUUGAGAUUAUGGGGGAAAAUCUGUGCUUAAGGGACAUUCUAUCGGUGAUGUUAUAACCAAUCCUUAAAUGGUCCGACCAUAGUAGAGCUUCCAAGACCGAAGAUUUUUUUAAAUUUAAGACUAGUAGUCUUGGACAGGGGAAACCCAAACUGAAAAAUAGGAAUUUAGCUGUUAGCCAUAUGAGAAUUUGAAU